UUUUUUUUUUUUAAAAAAAAACAAGCUCAAUCUACUAUCCAUGUUUUUUCGAACAUUUCUUAAAAAUAAUCAAGUAAGAGAAUGAAUGUUCAUGUUAAACAUAAUGCUCAAUUAUUAUGCGCAGACUUUAGCUGUCAAACAUUUAACUAAACGUCAAGUGCAAUCAAGACUUUUAACUCAAUGUCAGUGGACAAGAAGAAAGCCAACAAUUCAGCCAAGUACUACUUUGAAAAUAAAUAACAGUCGGUCCUAUACUUCUUCUAUAAAUAGAGAAGAAAUUCGAGCAAAAGCAGCUGUUGGUCCUUUUACGUUCAAGGCAGCGGCUGUCUUUUUAGGUGUUGGUACAGGUUUAUUAUUGUAUUUUAAAAGUGAAAAGAAAAGAGUUGAAAAAUUACGUGAAGAAAAAGAAGCAGAGAAAAAAAAGACACAAUCAUAUGGUAAACCAAAGCUAGGAGGUGAUUAUGUAUUAACAAAUGCGGAAACGGGAAAACCAUUUGGUUCAGAGGAUUUGAAAGGACGCUUUAGUUUGAUUUAUUUUGGUUUCACUCAUUGCCCUGAUAUUUGUCCUGAGGAAUUAGAUAAAAUGGCAGAAGUAGUAAACAUAAUAAAAAAGGAUAUUGGAAACAAUGUUUUGGUUCCUGUCUUUAUUACAUGUGAUCCUAGACGUGAUACAGAAGAAAUUGUAAAAAAAUAUGUGAAAGAUUUCCAUGAAGAUUUGAUUGGAUUAACAGACACAGAAGAUAAUAUUAGAGCAGUGGCUAAAUUAUUCCGUGUUUAUGUUUCUUCUCCACCUGACAUAAGUGAAGGAGAUGAUUACCUUGUGGAUCAUUCCAUCUUUUUCUACCUUAUGGAUCCUCAAGGCAAGUUCUUGGAUUGUUACUCACAGAACUCAGAAGCGGAAGGAGUUGCUGAAAGUUUUAAAUCAUAUUACAAAGCCUAUAUUGAAAGUGGUGGUAAAUUAAACACAGAACCUCUACUUAAAAUACAUGGUGAAGAAGGAAAAUGAUAACAGAAAAAAAACAAAAAUAAAAUAAAACAAAA